AAUAAGAAACUUGUAGUAUACGAACAACCUUGAAACAAUUCUCUCUGUUCUUCCUACUUUCAAUUCAAUAUACUAUCUUCAUCUAAUUUGAAGCCUAAAUCGAUGAAUUCGACCACCUGCACGGGUUGUUCUUGCAACCCCUUAUUAAUUUCAGGACGCAGUUAUCACCGUGGUCAUGACGGCGUUAGUCUAAUAAAGAAACAGAUUAAGGGCGGCCGGAUGUUUACUGUUAGAGCUUCAAUGGUGGAGUCGUCACCUGAGAAUUCUAAUUUCCUGAAGCGUAUGGAACAAGCUUGGUUAAUCUCUCAGCAACCGAGGCCCGUUGCAUGUUCUUCUUGUGAUUCGAAUGGGCAUGUGGAGUGUAAAUGGUGUGGCGGCACUGGAUUUUUCAUUCUCGGUGAUAACAUGCUAUGUGAAGUACCAUCUAGAAACUCAACUUGUGUCAUUUGUGCCGGAAAGGGAGCAACUAGUUGCGGGGAUUGUAAGGGAACUGGAUUUCGUGCAAAAUGGUUGGAACAGCCCCCGAUCCAGAAGUGAUGCAUGUUGUCGAAUGUAGCGACACAACUGACAGACCACAAGUGUUUGUUUUCUUCUGUAAAUGUAUUCUUUUAGGCGUCAUGUUUAUUUUAUUAUAGGUUGUGUAUAUUUAUCCCUUAACAUUUGGGGUGAAUAUUCUUGUUUACAUAUUUGGUUAUUACUCUUUCUGUAACUGUAAAAGGUAUAUCCUUUUUAGAGGUGGUCACUUAUUAGCAUACUCA